AUGGCUGAACUAGAUGCUGACAUGGCUGGCGUGAAGCGCGUUGGCUCAAGCAUGGAGAGCCUGCGUCGCAAAAAGUUCAAAUUAUCGGAGCUGCCAAUAUCGACAGCCCAGCGGACAGCGAUUGACAACCUGCUAUAUUCUUUUAAGAAGAAAGGAGGUUUCGAUGCGGUCCGAAAAGAAGUUUGGGCUAAGUUCAACGACAGUGACGCUAAGAACUCAUUUACGGCGUCAUUAAUUGAAAUGGCCGAGUCUGAGAUUGAGCGUGACCCAUCCUUAUUGUCUCGUGAGCGAGGAAAGGCUGCAACACUUAUCUCUGGAGCCGUUGACCGCAGCGACCUACAUUCUGGAAUAGAAGAAGCAGUUGACGCGAUAAUAUCUAAUCAUAUUGAUGAUAUAUUAGCUUCUCUUCGCAAAAUUCGAGCUCAGGACGUUGGUGAAGAUGCGGCUAAUGCAGAAAUAGCCAAGGGGCUUACUACAGAUGCGGAGUACGAGAAGCUUGUUCAAGCCAAAAGAGAAGAACGCGAGAAGAUUAGACAGAAGGAGCUAGAGGUAGAAAGAAAAGCGCAGGAAGAGAAAAAGAAGGCAGAAGCCGAAGAGAAACAGAGGCAACGCGAGUUACGAAAGAAAAGAGAGGAGGAGGACAGAAAGAGACGAGAAGAACGAGAGGAAAAGCGGCGACUGGAAAGGGAAAAGCAGCGCGAGGAGGAUAGGCUACGAGAGGAACGGCGAGAACGGGAACGGGACGAACGUUACGAACGAAGGAGAAGAGAGGAGAAAGAACGAUACCGUGAAAGAGAUCGAGAAAGGGAGCGUGACUACGACAGAGAUAAGAGCAGACGAUCAGACCUUGACCGUGGAAGGGAUGGUAGCGGUACACCCCGAGAUACAUCCAGGCUCCAUAAGCCUUCUGCCCCUCCCGUGGAUGAGAAGGCACUGGAAGAUGCGGCCCUUGAGCUAUUAUUAAAGGAAGGAAAGGAGCUUGCUGCCAAAUCGCGACAAAAGCCAGAGUUUGAUUUCGAACAGGCAGAAGCUCUAGAAAAUGGUCAGGCGCUGCAGCCUGCUACCACCACCCGGAGCGUGCCCUCGAAAUCAAAAGCAGAUCCGUCCCUUUCUUCUCAGGAGCCUGCCAGACCAAAGACUGAAGACCGUGAAAGUCGACGCAGCCGUAGUCGCAGACGUGACCGCAGAGAGACUCGGAAAGACGUCCCCGCGACUUUGACAUAUACCGACCAGGAGAGAGAGACAGGCGAGACCGGGACGACCGUUCCGUCCGUGCUAGGUCUCGACGUCGUAGCCGAAGCCGGAGCAGAAGCAGAGGAAAAGACGAUAGGGAUAAAUACCGGCCUCAUGAUCGAGACAGGGAAAGAGAUAGAGAAAGAGAGCGUGAUAGAGACAGGGAUCGGGACCGGGAUCGAGAGAGGGAGCGAGAAAGAGAAAGAGAGCGUGACCGUGACCGUGAACGUGAGAGCAGAGGUGAGUAUCGCAGCUAUCGCCCUAGUGCCCGUUCAAGGUCUCGCUCUAGAGCACCGUCACAUCGGCCGCUACGGAGGUCCAAAUCCCCGUCCCGCUCACGAUCACGAUCAACAGUUCACCGGAGAUACCGGGAGAGGGAAAGGUCACGCUCCCCAAGCCGUCGAGCUAGGUCUACGUCAAGAAAUGCAGGGGGAGAUAUUGAUCGUUAUGUUCCUCCAACUUCAACGCGAAGCCGGUCGCCAAAACGGCGAGCGAGGUCACCAGACAGAGAUAGAGACAGAGAUCGGGUGCGGGACAGAGACAGAGACAGAGAUAGAGACCGUGAUCGUGACAGAGAUAGGGAUUGGGAUCGGAGUCGAGAUAGGGAUAGGGAUAGGGAGAGAGACAGGCUUCCAGAUAUUGACCGAUAUGUUCCUGGAGCCCCUGGAAAGGAAUCCCGGGGAACAAGUGUUGAUAGGGAUGACAGGAGAAGCAGACAUCGAGAUGGGAGCCGUUAAGCAUUAUUAUGGCUUGACCAAGAUACACCAUAAUAAAUUAUACUAA